AUCACUCCGAGUUGUAGAUGGGCAAAGAGGAUGGGCUGUGUGAUGUGAUACCAGUCAGUAGAAGGAUGCCUGCCAGAUUGUGAAGAGCGAUAGGUGCUCGACACGGCUCAUUCAACCAGUUUGCUUUCAGUACACCUGAUCGGAAAUCAGUGGAAUGCGAGGCCUUGCAUAUCGACAUGAAGGAUUAUUCCCUGGUAGUCGUGCCACGGGUUGCAUCGAUGGAGCUUUAAUCGGAUGUCAUCUAAAAUCGGUGCAAUGUAAUGAAUGAUGAUUGCCGUGCAUCAAACUCAAGUGCAAUUUGCCUUAAUAACACUUGCCUUAAUAUUACCUCAAAAUGAACAGUCGCUCAUCACAUACUAAAAGCAAUGAAGCAAUAUGGAGCAUUGUGCUAUGUCAGGCAAUAGAUGAGCCAGUCGAGACAGUUGGUUGGGGUCCCUAAGGGGCCCAGAAUAACGAGGGAUCAAGCCACCAUGCUGUGGCUUGAUCUUUACGCCGAAGGAGGCACCCGGUUUAAGCUCAGUGCCUACUCCAAGAAAAAGAUGGGCCAGAGAGGAAAGACCUGUGGAUUGAUGAUCGUUGGGAGGGGGAUCUCAUCUCGCAAUGACAGCCACACGUCCAUCCCGCUUCCCGAGAGACCGGAGGAGGUCCUUCCCUUCCCGUUCAUCCAGAGCGUUAGCCGCGCCCUGGACUCCUACCUGACCUCCUCCAUCGGUGGCGAGUCCGCGUCGACGGAGGAGGAGCAACAGAACGUGCUCGUCAUGUCCAUCAACAAUGGCUGGACCACGGGCAACUCGACGGAGAGGAGCAGUCUCUUUUCGUGGGGUGACGAUGAGUUUGACAAGCUCUCGGCCAAGCGGGUGCAGCGUAUGUUCGAUGAAAUUGACAGCAUGCUGUACGAGGGGCAGAAGAACUCUUCGUCGAGCUCCCAGCUCCAUAACGAGUGUAAAGUCUGGAAGGCUCGCUUUCCGCAUCUAAGAAUCCUCGGAAGUCAACUCAUAGUGCCAAGUGAUGAAGGCUUUCAGCUCUUUCCUCAAGAUGAGCCCUCGUCGAUGACCACCGGUGUCUUACUCGACAUCGCUGACCACGAAGUACCUGGUAGAUCAACUCAAAAUAGACAUGGCCUGACGUUAUCAGGUCAUCACAUAUACCCUAUCCCGAGUGUGGACACGCCCUCCUACCCUGAGAUGACAGUGGUGGAUAGUGUGAACACGUUAGAAGAAGAGAUCAUUGAAUCGGACGGAACGGUGGAAGAAUUCUUUGCGUAUGAUAAUGCAAGGCAAGCAGAUGACCACGAGAGGAAAGUGUACCACACGGUCACGAGGCGAGAAGGCUUCCCCCCGCUCACGCCCAACGCGUGUGUCCAGAAUACGGUGCUCAGUCAAACCUUCGAUGUCCUAUGGGCUGAAGUCGUCACCUGGAUGAGGUCGCUCAUCAAGAGACACCAAGAAGAUAAAGAGAAGAACCUUGUUAGUCGACCAGCUGUGGAGCCGGAUCAUCCGGACACCAACAUGACGCCUAUCAUGGCUCCUACCUACGUCCUACCUCUUAGUCCCAGUCCUUUAGGAGUAACUGCUGGGAGACUCAUGGACCCACCUGGCAAGCUAGCCCCUAUGGGUUCUUUCCGCGUGGGACCGUCUGCUCCCUUCAACUGGCAGGCACCCAAGUCCAACUCAUUGACCGGCGUGAUGACCAUCUCGUCAAAGGCACUCCAUACUCGACAAGGGGAGAAGGAGAGGGUACCCUCUGCUAUGAUUGAGGAAUCCCCUGCACUUCCGGCGACCCUGACACGACCCAACAGCAGUAGCCUUGCCAUCAAGGGUAUCAACAACAGGCCCAACAGUACCAGGAUGUCCGACGUCCACGGUCAUCGGCUAUCGUCGGCGAGAGGCGGAAGGAGCCGUCUGCGACCCAUCGAGAGGGUCAAGACACCGAACGUUCAGGGCAUGGACGCCCUGAUCACGGGAAAGAGAAUGAUGACUGCUAACGACAGGCUGAAUUCCCCACCCCACCCCAUGGCUGCGUCACCCCCUCAUCAAUGGAGUCGGAAUACCAUGCUUCCUCCCAUCGAGUCGGUUCAAGAGAAUGGUCUCUAUAGAGAAAACCAAAGACCCCCUACAUCGUCAGGAAAACGAGACUUCUCAAGGCAUCGGAUAUCAAGUGCCGUCAUCGACGAUAGGGGACAGAGACUGAACAAGAACCUACAGCCGUUUCCUUACAACGACUCCAGGCCGAAUACAACACAUUCUUUCAGGUCCGACAUGAUGCUAGCAAGACGGUCGUCGACCCCUCAGAGUAUAACGAACAUCUUAAAAGCUGCGUCAGGAACCAUGCAAGGUGUACCAGGACAGCUGAACGACCUAGGAAUCAUCACCGGGCGCGGCAUCAACCCUGGCGGACUCUCUCAGCUAGAGGGAAACAUCGGAAACAGUCAGUACGGGUCACAGCAACAAGGCUACCUCAAGACAUUAUAGCGAUGGCUGAACGUGCAGCUGGCUUAGGGCGCCAAACUCACAAAUGAUUGAACAUUUUUAUAUGACAAAACAUUUCGCCAAAGGGCUGUGCUGCACAACCACGGUUUCCUGUAAUUGUGUCGGUGUGUAAGAACUGGACACUGUUUGAGUUGAGUUACGACUGUGAAAGAUUGCAUUGUUAAAUGUGCCACUGAGCAAGUGCUACAAGUGCCUUUGCUAUAAAGAAGACAUCAUCGUCUCCAUCUUUACCAAAAGAAUUUGAGGAGACCAGAAGAACUGAACUAGGGCCCUGUGAGUUCCUCAAGGAGUUCAAAACACCACAGGGGACUGGGUUUAGACCAAGUCCUGUUAGUAGACCGAGUCUUGAGGUUUCUUCGGGUGCCUUAAAGACCUUGAAACACUUGAGGGGCUACAAUAAGGACCAGGUCAUUUGGACCGGGUCUUGCAGACCAUGAAGGUGCCUCUAAAGGUUUUAGACAUCAGAGAGGCUGCAUUUAGACCAGGUCCUUCACACUUAGUCCUGUGGGUAGUAUGGGUCCUCAAGGAGUUGGAGACUUGGAACUGCCACGUUCGGAACAGAUCUUUGUAGAUCUGGUCAUGGGGACCAGGUCAAUACGGAUAAGGACCUGGACUGGGUGGAAGUGGAUGCUUGGAGCUAACUAACAUAUUUGUGCUGAACCUCUCAACCACGAUGUUUGUACAAUUUUGAGUUAAAACAGAGAUGCCAAAUUGCUGUUUAGUGUCCCUUACACUUUCCUGGAAAGUUAUUGAAAGUGUCCUCAAUUUCCUAAUCUUUGAAAAUUACAAUCAAGUUGCGUCUGUCAUGCACGUCUACCCAUUUUAAGCCUGAAAA